ACGUUGUUUACAUUUUACCUGUUGUUGGAUUUCCGGAGCGACACAGGCCGCUUCUCGACUUCCUGUUCCACUGAGGCUCCGGGCUACUCAGCGAAAUGGCUGCGUUCCUGCGAGCUCGUAAAUAUGUCCGUUGUGUUGUCCGUUUCUCCGACCGUGAACUGUAAACGGUAACGCUGACCGCCUGUGACGAUAACAAGGAGACCUACCGGCCAGAUUGUCAUGGCUGAUGAAAAUGCAGAUAUUGGAAGUACAGUAGAGGAUGAAGAUGAAAGUUCAGAUGACCCAGAUCUUCAGCUGGAACUCAAUGUGUUCAGAGCUCAGUGGAUGUCUGAGCUCAAACCGAACUCCGGAGCGAGUGGAACGAGCAACCGACUGCUGCAAGCCAAAGGUCUGAGGAAGACACAAGAAAUUGCUAGAGAGGAAAAGGCCACAGAGCUGUUCUUGAGAGCUGUUCAGGAGGAGCAGAAUGGAGCUGUCUAUGAAGCUAUCAAGUUUUAUCGCAUGGCUAUGCAGCUUGUUCCUGACAUUGAGUUUAAAAUCAACUACAGCCAUCCUCCUGAUGCAGACAGAGGUGGAGGGAACUACAUGGAGGAUAGUGAUGCUGAUGGUGAGAUUGAGGAUCUACUUGCCUACUUUGAGCAGCAGCUCACUGUGGAAGGCUCCUUUCCAAAGAUUUGCACUCCUGAUGUUGAUAUGACUCAGGUGCACAUUUCAGCUUUGCCACGGGAAAUCCUGAUGUACAUAUUUCGGUGGGUCGUAUCAAGUGAUCUGGACAUGCGAGCUCUGGAGCAGCUGUCUCUGGUUUGCCGUGGGUUUUACAUUUGUGCAAGGGACCCUGAGAUUUGGCGCUCAGCUUGUUUAAGAGUGUGGGGACGGAAGUGCACCAAACUUUUACCCUUCACAUCCUGGAGGGAGAUGUUCCUGCAGCGGCCCCGCGUCCGUUUCGAUGGUGUCUAUAUCAGCAAAACAUCAUACAUUCGUCAAGGAGAGGAAUCACUGGAUGGAUUUUACAGGGCUUGGCAUCAUGUUGAGUACUACAGGUACCUCCGCUUCUUUCCCGAUGGCCACGUCAUCAUGCUGACCACCCCUGAGGAACCUUUGUCCGUUGUCCCCCGCUUGCGUACUAGGAACACCAGAAUGGAUUCAGUUCUGCUCGGUCACUUCCGCCUCUCACAGGAGACGGGAAAUCAAACCAAAGUUUUUGCAGUUGUCUGCAAGAAAAAGGAAGAGAAAGCGGCUGAGUUUCAAAGGAACCGGUUCUGCAGGCGGAACCCAGCUCCGGAAGCUGAACACAGCUUUCACGUGGGACUGGCUCUGUCCUCUGGGGGGCGUCAGAGUUUCAGUAAGCUUGUGUGGAUCCACCAUUCCUGCCACAUCACUUACAAGUUGACUGGGGAAACAGUCGUUACUUCGUUUGACCUGGAGAGGAUGUACACACCCUUCUUCUUUGCACGUGUGAAGAGCUACACUGCUUUCUCUGAGCAGCCUCUUUAAGCAGACCUGCACAUGAUCUCACAAAGACUGCAGCAGAAAUUCAGCCACCAUUGCAUCAAAACACAUACUUCUCAGCCUGUUUUUAAUUUGUGCUGCAGCUGCUUCGUAGUGUUGCUGUUUGAACCCUCACGUUUCCUAAAUGAAAGGCAUGUUAUCUUUCGGGUACACUUUAGAGAAAACUUAUUUUCUGAUUUCAGAAAUUAUGGUAAUAUGCUAAGAGCUAAAAUUAUUAGCAGAAUUUCUCACCUGUUCCAAGCAAUGAAUGUUCAUCCUGUUUUUGUUUCGUUGUGCACUUUCUUCCUCAAAUAAACAGCGAUGAACG